GCUACGCUCUCGUUGCUCGUGCCCAGCCAACCUCCUGAGGUCACGGUCGAUCUACUCUCGGACGAUGGAAACUACGCUAACCUUUUGCGCAGAUCUACAGGGGUUGCCCGCAGACGCUUCCCAUGCUCAGCUCAAGACAAUUCACGGCGCUCUCACAAAGCAGGGAGAUGCUCUGCAGGAGGUGGCAAAAACGUUUUCUCAAACGACCGACCGAGAUGGCGGGGUGGCAGCGGCCAACAGCCCUCUAAUCGCAGCAGCUAUGGAGCACACCAAGCUGGCAUCUCUCGGCAGCCUGCACCUUCUUGCCGCCCAGGCAGAGGUACUCACCCCGCAAGAAGUGCCUGCGUUCAUUGACGUGACUCUGGCCUUCCUGGAGCACUGCAACUGGCACCAGGUCACGAUCGCGCCGAGACACCUCGGCAGUGUAUGCGAAAAGUUUGGCCAAGUGUGCAUCUCGGAGGGGAGGGCAUCAGAGGCGCUCUUGCCCUUGCGAAGUGCUGCAAUCAAGAUGGACGGAGACAGGUCAAGCCUCACGCCGCUACACCCAGAGUUUCUGCAGUGCUGCAUCGCGGCAAAGUGCUACAGUCUCGGGUCUCGGUUUAUGGACGACCGGCCCAUCUUCGGGGUUGAGCCCGUGGCGACGGGUCUUACCCCGGUACACUUUUUACGGCAUUUCUACUACGGAGGAAUCGUGUACAUUGGUGCAAAGCAAUGGAAGGGCGCCUUGGAUAGCUUCCUGAUGCUCCUCACCAUCCCGGCGAACGUGUUGAGCUCCCUUGUGAUAGAGGGGUACAAGAAGAUGAUGCUGGUGUCCCUGAUCAUUUCCGGAGAGGUUCCACCUCUCCCCAAGUACGCGUCCAAUUCCGUCACGCGCCACCUGAAAAGUCACACUUCUGACUACGAAGCCCUGGUAUCAUGCUUUCAGGCGGGAGAUGUCAAGGGGCUCAACGCGGCGGUGGUUGCAGGAAGUGAGAAGUUCAUCCAGGUUGGACUGGCACACGCUGACGAUGCUCAAGGCUACAUCUUGAACAUGGUGGAGGCCGGGGAAAUAUGCGCCCAGAUCGCAUACCCCGCUGGAACGGUGCACUUCCGGGAAGACACGAACACGCUUUCGUCGACAACCAUGACGGCGCGGUUGGAGGCUGACUUGCGAAGCACUGCAGAGCUAACAGAAAGAGUUCGGAAGCUGGAGGCUAGGCUGAUAGUCAAUCCAGUUUUCAUCCAGAAGAUGGUCGGCGAUCACUCUCUGCCCGGCGCUGGCCUGGGAGGCGCGGCCGGAUACUCAGCCUCGUGGGACGACAUUGGCAUGGGAGAUUGAUUGAACACGACACUGGCAUUCGCGUGGGAGAUUCUGUGCUUUUUGUCUGGCUGAUGGCGGCUUCGUUGUGCGAACAUGCGCAUUAGAUGUAGUGGAGCAUGUGAAACUGGUGGUUGGUGGUGUUGGACCAAUGAAACAACCGCGAGCGAAUAUAAUGUGCCGGAUGGGCUGCAAUAGUUUGAGCGUGCAUGCCAUGCAGAACCUGCAUGGCUGCGUCGGCUGUGUGCUGGUGUUUCUCCGCCUUGAUUUUUCCACGUGCUUGAUCGUGUUUAACAUUUUUAUGGCCAGCAAUCAGCCUGCUACGCUUAUGAUAACAGAGACGAAACUCUGCC